AAGAAAUCGACAGGGCUCGAAUGGAAAGUCGAUGAAAAAGUUCGAUUCUCUUCAUUCGACUCGAUCUAUCACCCUACGUCGUCACCACAGGCACGUUUCGUUAUAGUAGCCUAUUAUUUAUGGUGAAACAUUUAGAAAUAUAUUGUUUAUAAAUGGUGUAAUAUUCUACCAUACGUGUUUAAUUUUUACAUGAGUUUAUGACUAAGGCCAACAAAAUAGACAUUCAUGUUAGUUUCAUAACCACAUAAAAGUUCGAAGAAGGUUAACCGAAUAAUUUAUUUAGUUUAAAAGGUGCGCAGAAAUGAAGUUAACAAUACAAGACCAAAAACAACGAUAAUACUUCAUUAGUUUUUUUGUGUGUUAGCUGUUGAUUUAAGUUAAAUACAUUACUGAAUUUGUAAUCAUUGAGUGUGAGAAAUAUUUACCUCACGGGGAAAGUAGAAGGGUGAACAUGGCAAGUGAUGGAUUGUACGAAAAUGUUUCCAUUUUGUUAAGUCCAUAUAACCUUGACUUAAACUGCAGCAAUUUGUGUGUCCCUGUUACUUCAAAGAGAGAAGCUCAAAUUUGUUAUGAUGUUUUGAGGGUUGAUAGUGAACCACCAAGGAGCAAAGUUACGAAGAGUAUCAGUUAUGAUAACAGUACAUUAUCUGUUAAAUUAUCUUCAGGGGAUCUCCGCCAAUUGAGAGUAUCUCUUACAUCUUUUAUGGAACACCUUCAGCUUGUUAUCGAGACUUUACAUGAAUUUGGUCCUCCUUUUAGUGACCAGUACGAUUUCUGCAAAGGGGUGUCCUAUCUGCCUCAGAAGUAUUGGGCUGUAGCACUUCCCAUUUAUGUAGGAGUCAGUGUGGCUGUUUUUGUCUUUAUUUAUCCUGCUUUAAAUUUGAUGCUGACUCCUCCCUUUAAUGACCUUAGAACCAUUUGUGAUUCCCAUGCUGUUGAUGUUAAUGUCAAGCCCAAGCAAACUGGCAUCCCACCAGUAUCUGACAUUCCCAUUUCUGAU